CAUGACAAAUGAGUUCCCAUUGACUUUCCGUCUUCAAUAAUGUCGACAAGAACAGCUUUGAAAUACUUGGCAAGAUCCACAGCAACUGUCAUAGGCAGAAAUGCAGUGUCAGCUAAGCCUAUGUUGACCCGUGGAAUUGCUCUUGGACGCCUCUCCGCCGUACCUCAAGUGAGACCAACUUGGUCACCUCUGCGAGCCACAUCUAUUUCUCAAGUGCGCACCAUGUUCAUUCAAACCGAGCAAACCCCUAACGACGACGCUCUCAAGUUCAUCCCCGGUGUGCCUGUCAUGGAGAGUGGCACUGCUGAAUUUUUGGACGUACGAAGCUCAUUGCAAUCACCUCUCGCUAAGCAGCUUUUCCAAAUUGAAGGCAUAAAGGGUGUUUUUUACGGACCCGACUUUAUUACCAUUGCUAAGGAAGCUGGCAGUGAAUGGCAAUUAAUGAAGCCAGAUAUCUAUGCUGCUAUUAUGGAUCACUUUGCAUCCGGCCAACCCCUCAUUAAGGAAGGAUCAGCUGAACCCAGUGAUACAGCUAUUCUUCCUGACGACUCUGAAGAAGUUCAGAUGAUUAAGGAGUUGCUCGACACUCGCAUCAGGCCUGCUAUCCAAGAAGACGGUGGUGAUAUUGAAUAUUGCGGCUUCGAAAAUGGCAUUGUCAAGCUCAAGUUGAAGGGAAGUUGCCGUGGAUGUGAUUCCUCUGUUGUCACUUUGAAGAAUGGCAUUGAGAACAUGCUUAUGCAUUACAUUCCUGAAGUCCAAAGUGUCGAGCAGGUUUUGGACGAGUACGACGCCGUUAGUUUGAAGGAGUUUGAUAGGUUGGAGAAGAGUCUAGGAGAAAAGUCGGCAUAAGCUAAUUCAAUUCAGUAUACAUCACAUCCUUUCUCCAUUUUUUACAUACAUAUAGAAAAAAAAUUACUCUCGUCACAACGCUGCCUUUAUUUCUCGUUGGAGACUGAAAAUAGCAAAGCGCUUUUACAUCAUUGAACCAACUGUAUUCUAUAAAAACAAUUUGAUACUGCCAAAGGCAAC